GUGCCACCACCAGGGCCAGCGUUGCCAGACUAAAGAACCGGCAAUGGACCCGCGUUUAUUUAUAGUGAAAUUCGUAUUUUUUUUUGGUGAAUUGGCAUUAUGCUAUUUAGUUAAAGUUGUAAAGUCAUGGAAACCCGACUGGAAGUGCUCUUGCGGGAGCCGAAUCCAUUGUUUACCCGGUGGCUGGAACGCUGGCUACGUGAAGCGGAGCGCCGCGAUCAGAAGUCGCAGUUCAGGCUUCGCCAGGCGCUGGAGUCCCUAAGGAGCUACCCACUGCCAUUGUCCAGCGGACGAGACUGCUCCAUUCUGCGUGGCUUUGGGGGUACGCUCUGCCAGCUAAUCGACGAGGAGCUUCGCCAUCACAGAGGUCUCCAAUUGGUGCCCCAGCAGGCCGUGGUUCAGGAGCGCUACGAGCAACAGGUCCAGGCGGUCAUUCGCAAGGUGCAGGAGAAGCAGCUGGAACACCAGAAACGCCAGAACAAAAGCGACAGGCCCAGGAAGCCAACUAAAAAGGAUUUGGCGCAACUGGCAGCCCUUGAGGAGCGGGAGCGCGUAGUGGAAAUGCAACCAGGACGAUUCCAGUUGCUUCUUUUGGUGGAUACACAGGAAACCAGUGGCAAAAACAAAAGAGUUCUGGACCAGACAAGGAGCUACUUGGAGUCGUUGGGAGCCCGUCAUGAAGUGCGUCGUCUCACAAUCGGCGAUUUCCUUUGGGUGGCCCAGGAUGAAGAGGGCAAUGAACUGGUUUUACCCUACAUUGUGGAGCGCAAGAGAAUGGAUGACCUGGCAUCGAGUAUUCGGGAUGGGCGCUUCCACGAACAGAAGCACCGGCUGCAGCACUGUGGCCUGCAGCACAUCAUCUACCUGGUCGAGGACUAUGGCGACAAUGAGCAACUGGGCCUGCCACUGGACUCCUUGCAGCAGGCUCUGACCAAUGCCAAAGUUCAAACUGGUGUCCGGGUGGUGCGCACAGCGAAUCAUUUCCGUUCCAUGAGCUAUUUGGCCGGAAUGAGUCGCUCCCUGGGUCAGAUAUUCGCCGGCAAAAAGCUGCACAGCGUGGAUCGCGGCACCCUCGACAAGGCCACCUGCCUGCUCACAAAUUCCGACCUGGGGUUGCUCAAGUUUCGAGCCCUCUACGAGGACUCCGCCAAGAAUGCGCAGCUCACAGUGCGCGAGGUUUUCGUGCAACAGUUGCUACAGCUGCAUUCCCUCUCCCUCGAACGAGCCAUGGCGAUAGUGGAACGAUAUCCCACUCCACGUUGCCUGCUGGACGCCUACGCGGAGUGUGCAGACCAGAAGCAGGCCAGGCUCCUCCUCUCCGGCAUCCCAAGUGGACCCCUGGAACGUCCACUGGGCGAUAAAAUCAGCCAGUGCCUACACGAAUUCUACAGCACGCACUUUCGUUAGGAUUAGCAAUUGAUUUAAUGGGACAUAUCUAAGGUUAUAUACACGAGUUUAUACAUAAGUGAGAGAGAGAAUACGUUGGACAUUGAAUAGUGUGAUCUAGUCUAAGCCAAAAAAUGUACAAGUCAGCCGCCUUUAGAUGUUGCGGAAGU